ACACUACAACACUCUCUGUCUCUUUCCCAAUGCUUUAUAUCCGGGCGUUCACUUCCCUCUUCAUCAUCCUCACCACUGUACAACAUAACAUAACUCUUUCCUUUGGAGUUUUUCAUCCCAUCACGUUGUUCUAGGCUCACCCUCCCCAUAAUUUGCAACUUAACAAACCAACAUGGCUACAUAGAUUCUUGUGCUAGCUUUCUUAUGUUAUUUGGUACUUUAAUUUUUUAUAAAGUUCUUUCCUUUUGAGGAGCUGUGAAUGUGGGUAUGGAAGCGCGGUUGAAGAAGUACCGGCAAGUGAGUCCUGAGAGGGCCAAAGUGUGGACUGAGAAGUCCACAAAGUACCAUCAGAACCGGAAGGUGCCGGUCAUUUACUAUCUUUGCCGGAACAGGCAGCUAGAACACCCUCAUUUCAUGGAGGUUCCACUUUCAUCCCCUGAUGGGUUAUACUUGAGAGAUGUGAUUGAUAAACUCAAUGCUUUGAGAGGUAGAGGCAUUGCUUCCUUGUAUUCAUGGUCUUGUAAGAGAAGCUACAAGAAUGGGUUUGUGUGGCAUGAUCUCUCUGAAGAUGACCUAAUUCUACCUGCACAUGGAAAUGAGUAUGUCCUCAAAGGUUCAGAGCUAUUUUACGAAUCGAAUUCAGAACGUUUCAGCCCGGUUAGCAACGUGAGAAUACAGAACCUGAAGCAGUUGCCAGAGCCAACUUGUAGAAGCCAUGAUGAAGCUUCCACCUCUUCUAGCAUGAAUGAGAAAGAGAUCAGAAACUCCCAAGAAGAUGAGCUUUCUCCAGGACAACAAACUGGUUCCUCUGAUGUUUCUCCAGACUCUAGAACUGGAAAUGGAAAGGGUGGUGGUUUAAGUUUACCAUUGACUGAGUACAAAAUCAACAAGAGUGAUGGAUUUGCAGAUGCUUCAACUCAGACAGAAGAAACCCAGAAAACUUGUACCAGGGGUGUAUCAACUGAUGAUGGGUCGAUAGAAUCUGAAUGCCGUGAAAUAUGUCAAAUUCAAUUGCCACAAGUGAAAGAUAGUCCAGAAAUCUGUGAGGAUACUGUUUCUCCUCCUCCCUCAACAUCUAGUCCAUCAUCUUCAGGAGGGAAAACCGAAACUCUAGAGUCCCUGAUAAGAGCUGAUGUGAGUAAAAUGAACAGCUUUAGGUUCCUGGAUGACGAGGGUAUUGGAAUGCAAACCAACACAAGACUGAAGGCUUCAAAUCUGCUUAUGCAACUGAUCUCAUGUGGGUCUAUAUCCGUGAAAAAUCAUAGUGUUGGCCUUAUUCCUUCCUACAAGGCUGGGUUUUCCCAUUCAAAGUUCCCCUCCCCAUUGUUCUCUACUUCUGUUAUGUUGGGGGAAUUUGAUUGCCUAGCAGAGAAACCAAAGGUGAUGGGGCUCAAAUUGGAAGACAAAGAAUGUUACAGUGGAAGUUUAGUUGAGUCUAAAAUAAUGAAAGACAAAGAUGGACAUAAUGUUCUGAAACGCUCCUCUUCUUACAAUGCUGAGAGGACAUGUAAAGAUUUGAAAUCACAAGACACGGAGGAAUCAUCAUUGACCAAGCAGCCACUUAGUGAAUCCAUCAGAUCUGCUUCUGAUGGAUCAGGAAACUCUCCUGCACCAUCUAAUAACAGCAGCAAAAGAAUCACUGAACCUUCAUCAGGGAAAAAGCAAUCUAAGAGAAUGGACUCAUUUAGAGAAGAGGAGAGGAUGAUCAAAAUUGAAGAAAGGCUUGCUUCAGGGGCUCGGGUUAUAAUCCAAUCUACACCAUCUUGUGACACAGCAUGUAGCCACUCUUAAAAAGUAUUUAUGUCUAAGAGGUUAGGAACUAGGAAAAACUGCUAGUUUUCAGCUUUUGUUUGAAUGCAACAUGAUGGCAUAUAUCUGUGUACGUCCACAUGAUAUUUUUUGUAAAUCUACGAAGUGAAAAUGUUUCGACAGAUUACACAUUGCAUGGGGGGCUAAUAGUGAAGGUGUGGUCCCAAUGGUCCCUUAUUCUUCCUGUAAAACACGUGCUGGGUAUAACCUUAUAGGGACUGCUAUCUGAAAUGAAGUGAUUGCUCAAUUUUUUUGUAGCUACAUAUGCUAUAUCCACCCAGUUUUUGUUUGCUUGAAGUUAGUGCAUGCUACUUUUUUUUGCAUUGCCAGCGCUAAAAGUU